AUGCAACGGGCCUCGCGGACGCUGCGGCUCUCCAGCGGCAUCAACGCCGGGCGUCUUCGUCUCGCCGAGCAGUUCGCGACCAUGCAGGGAUGGCAGGCGGGGGAAGACACCGCCUUCGAUGCGUACAUCAAGGAGAAGCGACAUAAGGAGCGCUACGAGGCCUUUGACCAACGGGUUGAGCGCGGAUACGCGGCUGCGGCAAAGCUGCACAAGGCGGAGAUCCAGAAUGCCCUGAAGCGGCGGCUAAAGACCACCGGAGCGAAGUUUACCGCCGCAACGCUGCGGGAGAUGAAAGUCGCCCUGGAGGAGCGUAUGACCUGGCUUCGUGAGGUGUGGACGCAGAUUGAUGCGGACUACCGUAGCGGCGACACCGCCCGGCAGGAGACCGCAGCACGUGAGAUAUCCGCAGCUCUGACGGGUGAGCCGAGCGACUACAUGCGGUGGGUGUAUGACACGAAGCGAGAGCUGCGAUUUGCGGGACCCAUACAACGUGCUGAAAUGCAAAGCGAGCUGCAGGGCGCGGAGCUGCCGGAUGUCUCGGAGGAGGAGGUGAACCGCUACCAUGCCUUGAGGCUUAACAUGCUGGAGGUGGAGCGGAACGUGAAGGCCAAGUACGGCCUGGCGGGUGAACAGCACUGGGCCGAGCUACAGGCGGCGAAGGACGAUGAGUACCUAAAAAAACUGGAUGAUGCUGCGGAGGUCUACAAAAAGCUACUCGAUCAGAACGCACGCCUGGAUGAAUCGAGGCGAACGGAGCUACAACGAAGUCAUGUGGAGCGUUUGCAUCAGGCCCAGGUGCGGUUUAAGGCCGCAAUGGAGAUGGAGAGAGAACGGGAGCGGUUGAUGGAGGCCCACAAGGCAAUGAAGGAGGAGAGGGAGUUGCGAGAAAAGGAGCAGCGGCGCGCCCUCCUCCAGGAGGCGGCGGAGAUGCGAGCAAAGGGUAAAACAAGUGCCGAAGUGGUUGCUGCCUUAAAGGAGCGACAGCUUGAAAUCGAGGCACAGCGGCAGGCGGAGUAUGAGUUGAAGGAACGCGAGGAAGUCUUGCAGCGCAAGUCACGGUUGGUCGAUAUGAUAGCGCAGUUUAAGCAUGAUGUAGAGGAGCGUGAGGGUCGGGAGUUGCUGCAGCGGCAGAAGCGCACGGCCGAUCGACCUCUAAAUGUCUUUGGGUUUAGCGACGACGACGCCGUAGGCGAAGCGGAGCUUUCUGUGCACGGCGCGGAGGCGGCGGGGUCGUCGCUCUCGGCACACUCCACAACAGAGUCGGCUAUGGAAAAGGGAGAUGGCGCCAGUGGCAGCAGUCGCAGUCUUGCGCGCCCACUACCGCAUCCGCAGAAGAAUGCGUUAUGGAAUGCCAUUAACGAAGACACGUACGAAGAUCCCUUCCGCACCGUUCACCAGGCCCGUCUCGAUGCGGCAAAGACGUACGAUCCCUCAUAUGCCCGCACUUUUCCCUUGAACCUUGUUUUGGGACGCAAAUACAGCAGACAGGGGGCGGGUGAAAUGGCAGUGGGUAACGAGACAGACCGGCAGAUUUUGCAGAAAGGUAAUGCGGUGGCGAUGAGCUUCCAGUGGGGGAUUGGUAGUAACACUGUACAUGACCUGGAUGCUGAAGGGAGCACAGACUACUUCAUGGAUGGUAACUUUCACGUGCGUGACAAACACACAGGGGACAUUGACUGGCGCUAUGAGAAGAAGAAGGGUGGCGCCAUAUUCAAGGGACCCAAGUUCUACCGCCUCGGCGCGCAGCGUGAGGCAAUGGACCCUGGCGAACAGUCAAUGGAUCCCAUGCCCUAUACGAGGCUGCCACGUGAACAUAACUGGCGCAGCAGCUAG